AUGGGACGGGGCAGCCGUGGAAGCGGCCAUCAGUCGUUUCGUCGCCCCGUCGACUUGACUGGCGUCAUCUCCAUCGCCGAGAGAAACGACUUGACUACUCUAGUCAGUGCCAUCACGGACAAGAUGCACAACGACGUCAGUGCUAUCUUUGAUUCUCCUCCCGUCGCCACCUUGCACGCCGGACGCGAGCACCAUACCCACUGGCUUUCGUUUGCCAUCUUUGGCUGCCAUGCGGGCGACAAGGACAUGAAAGCAUCUGCGGCUCCUUCGUCACAGCACGAGGUUGCCGGCGAUGGGUCCAAGUCUUUCGCCAAGGCCCAUGAGAUCGUCGAAAAGGAAGAGGCCGAGGCAAUGACGCCUCAGCUGCGCGAGCUGAAGAAGGAAGCUCUCGUUUUUUUCCGAAAGUGGCAGAACACAGUCAUCCAGCGCACUCGAGAAAUCCACAUCCAUGAAACGCCUGCUGCUCUGGGUAACCCUCGAGGUCGGGGCGGCCGCGGGCCUCGUGGUGGCUUUCGUGGACGAGGUGCACGCACUGGCGCUGGAAACGGCGGCAAUAGCUCGACUCUGGCGAUCGGCACAGGACCACCGCGAGUCCCUACGAACCCCAUGGACCCUGAGCUUGCCAAGACGUUUCCGCCGAUCCCAAACACUCUGUGGGCUCUGCACCUCGAGAAAAGAAAGAUUCUGCUCCAUGUCGCCAUCUUGCUCGUUUUAUCGCUGCAGGAAUACGGCGCAAACGCUCGAGUCUUGUUGCUUCACCUUUCGUCGUCCCUGAGUCUUUCCCGAGACUUAUAUCAGGGCGAUGAGCUCCGCGUUUCUCGAGCACUCGCCAAAACCGCACUUCAGUUCGCCGAGGCCCAGGAGCUCGACCCAAAACCAGAAGAGAGCAAAGGCCCUCGCCGGUGCAGGGCUGGCCUCGGAGGCGGUUCUGGCCUCAACGAUAGCGUCGCGGUCCGGCUCAAGGCAGAGGGUGUUGGCAGCGUGCAAAAUGGCGCUGGCUUGACAGUUGCUGCUGUGGCAGGACUACUCGGACCCAUGGCAGAGCACGGCCACCUGCUCGGUAAUCUCUAUGGCAUCAGCCCUGUCAGACCGACCAGCAAAAUGUUGGAGGGUUGUUGCCGGGAGAUCCAGGAUUUCGCCUUUCUUCGCUUGUACGACGAUACACGUUCCGAAUAUCGCGGCGCGAGAGAGACGCCAGCCGAGAAUCGCAGGCUUCGUCUGACCAUUGCCAUGAGUGGUUGUCUCUCUGAGGAGAAGGACGUGGUCAAGCCAUGGCAAUGCCUUGGUCCGUCGGCCGAGUCAUACGCGACUGUCAUCAAGAGUACGGCUUGGGCCAGCGCCAAGAAGGAGAUAAUGACGCGGUCAAUCUUUUCGAGCCUCAUGGAUUCCCACUGGCCCGUUUCUUUGCUCAAGAUCAGCAAGAUCAUCGACAACCCGUGGAGCAUGGGAAUGGUGCGAGCCGAGAAAGCGGGCGCCCUUCUCGCCGAUGCCAUUGUUCGGCACAAGUUUCAAGGAGAGCGAUCCGUCUCCCUCAUCGGCUACGGCCUGGCAUCCCGGGCCAUUUACACGUGCCUCAUGGUGCUGGCGGAGCGCCGCCAGUUUGGAUUGAUCGACUCGGUCGUCAUGAUGGGCACGCCGGCCCCGUCGGAGAGCCGCGUGUGGCUUACUCUCAAGAGCGUCGUGACGGGCCGACUGGUGAAUGUGUACUCGGAACAAGACUUCAUCCUUGGCUUCCUCUAUCGCACCUCGAAUAUCCAUUUCGGCGUUGCCGGCCUGCAGGAGAUUCAGGGGGCGCAUGGGGUGGAGAAUCACUGCGUCGAAGACCUUCCGCGAGGCCACCUGGACUACCAGAACCUCACAGGCCGGAUUCUCGAAGACAUUGGCUGGGAGGGCAUCGAGGCCAAGGCGGCCCCAAAGGCGGCCCCAAGGGCGGAUCGCGUCCAGAAGCGGCCGGGGUCGAAAAGGGCGAAGUCGGCCAAGUAG